CCUGUUUGCCUAUGCUCUAUCUAGCCAUGCCAAUGGCUAAUAGCUACAUUCUGCGUAGACCUCUGGGCCUGGAGAAGAUGUACCCAGAUUCUGAUCUGGAGUGUGAAGGCUUUUUGGACAAGCCUCUUCGGGAACAAUUCGUAGCUGCCCGUAGGCUCCGGUGGUCCUCUGGCAGCAAGAAAGCCAGACGUCGUAGAGGGAAACCACAAGGCUCCCGCUCCUGGCAGCAUCUAAAAAUGAGGUCCCGUACUCGUCGUUCCGGGCAUAUCUAUCGUACCCUAUAUAUUCCACGGAAGGAAGCGCCUCCACUGGAAGCGGGGUGCUACCUGGACCAUUAUCCCCGUCUUUCAUUGUUCAUCAAUGCUGCCAUUGCAUUUUCCAUCAUCUCUUACAUUUUUGCCUGUAUCAAUUUACAACUUGUCUGAGUAGUUAGGGAGGGACC